AAAAGGAGGGGUUCCCAUCCCACGGCAAGGCUGCCACAGAGGCUGUGCCCUCGCACACACUCAGCCGCCCGUCCCCAUUGCAGUGCCCAGCUCUGAGCCGGUUGGCAGCAAGGUCGGAAGCUCCGUGACAGGUGUGGGCAACAUGGCCGAGGAGCUGCCUCCAGAACAGGUGGCCAAGUUCAAGGAGGUCUUCUCCAGAUUUGACAAGAACGGUGACAACACCAUCAACACCCAGGAGCUGGGCGCUGUGAUGCAGGCCCUGGGCCAGGAUAUAUCAGAGGACGAGCUGAAGAUGCUCAUCGCCCAGGUGGACACGGACGGCGACGGGGUCAUCAGCUUCCAAGAGUUCCUGGAGGCGAUGGUCAAGAGGAUGAAGUCCUGGGGCAGUGAGCAGGAGAUGCGGGAGGUCUUCCGCGCCUUUGACCUGAACGGCGACGGCCACAUCAGCGUGGACGAGCUCAAGCAGGCCAUGGCCAAGCUGGGCGAGUUGCUGUCCCAGGAGGAGCUGGACACCAUGAUCCAGGAGGCCGAUGUGGACAAGGACGGGCAAGUGAACUACGAAGAGUUCAUGCGCAUCCUCUCCCAGAAGUGAGGCCCAGUCCUGGCCCAUCUCCUGCUGGACUCCAGUCUUCAGGCCUCUUUGGGGCCCCUGCUUGUGUGGCGGGGAUGUAAAGGGCAAGUGUGGGUGGUGGUUGGGAAAUUACCUACUGGUGGGAAAGCAUGGCCUCUCUUGGGCCUGGGUUCUGUGCUCUCUGCGCCUGGUGAGACCCUACAGAGAAGUGGGGAGCCCCCACCUCACUGCGCUGAGGAAACCCAACGCAAUGUGGUGGUUGAAAUAAAAGCAGUGUGAGCUCCAAA